GACGAGACAGACAUUUAGAGAGCUCACGAGAUCUUUGGACACAGUCAAGAGCCAAGGACGUCGCGACCACGUUCGCAGUGAAAAAGUAUUUCUUUCUUCUUCAACCAAUCGAUACAAAGUCCGAGAAACCAAAAUCCUCGGAUGUUUAUGUGCGUCGCGCGAUUCUUCGACGGGCUACAAUAACAGAGGUUCCACGCCGAUUGUUAAUUCGAAUCAAAUAUUCGGCAUGUAAUAUCUAUCAUAUAGUACACAAGAAAUGUACACACGAAAUAUAGGAAUAUCGAACAAGUUAUAAACCAAACAACAUAUAUAUAUAUAACACUUGUCAACACAAAGGAUAUUUCAACAUGUUCCUCAACGAGACCCUGUUCGUGCUGGCGUACACGGCCAAUAUAAUGGCUACCCUGCCUGAAAAUGUGGAAAAUGUCAAUUUAGCCGAGAAUAUUACUACCACAACCUUAUCGCCGGAAGAGGAGGAGAACAAAUUCGAUCUGGACGACCAAUGGUACAUGUGGCGAUGCUUCGAGCCGUACGGUUGUUUCUAUAUCGGAGCACCUUGGUCCGGAGAAAACCGACCGGUGUCUACAUUUCCGGCACGUCCGGACAGCAUCAAUCCCCGUUAUAUACUUCAUAAGCGCACACAGGUCGAUCAGAACUAUGAGCUGAAGAUUGAUGACUUUGAUACGAUCCGGAAAACGCCCUUGAAAAAAGAGAACAAUUUAUAUUUCAUCAUCCAUGGGUUUCUUGAGAACGGCGACAAGACUUGGGUCCUGAGACUGAUGAAGGAACUGCUGUUGAAAGAAGACUGCAACGUCAUUAUUGUCAAUUGGAUUGGCGGUGCAGGACCACCUUACACGCAGGCUGUGGCCAACACGCGACUCGUGGGCGCAAUGACAGCUCGUCUGGCGGCUCAGCUGAUCGAGAUCGGCAAGAUAUCACCCUCGAGGAUGCACUGCAUCGGACACAGUCUGGGCGCCCACACUUGCGGCUACGUCGGCUACGCCUUGAGCUAUCGAUAUGGCUACAAGCUUGGUCGGAUCACAGGUCUCGAUCCGGCGGAACCACACUUCAGCAACACCUCGCCGAUGGUUCGAUUAGAUCCGACGGAUGCGACAUUCGUGACAGCUAUUCACACGGAUUGCAAUCCUUUUAUCAGCGGCGGCCUCGGUAUUACGCACCCAGUAGCGCACAUUGAUUUCUAUCCGAAUGGUGGCCGCAGUCAGCCCGGCUGUAACGAGGGUGUGGUCAAUUCCAUCAACUUGGAACGUGGCAGUUUCUUUCGAGGAAUCAAGAGAUUUCUAUCAUGCAACCAUAUCCGCAGUUACGAAUACUUUAUCGAGAGCAUAAACAGUCCAUGCCCCUUCUUAGCUGUGCCAUGUAACUCUUGGGACAAGUUCCAGGAGGGCAGCUGUUUCGAUUGCGUAAACCAAUACUGUCCCAGAUUCGGACUGGACGCUCAGCCCGGAAACUAUCACGCGACCGUAUACCUCAUGACCGGACAUGACAGACCGUUUUGCAAGGGCCACUACAAGGUAACGAUAAAUAUCUCCAAGACAGACGAGAGCUUAUCGUAUGGCGGGGAAGUCGGGAUGUUUAUCGUGCGCGCGAUUGGCACGAAUGGCAAGAAAACUGAAAAGAUGCAGCUGAGCUCGACCUCAAAAUAUUACGAGCCUGGUAGUACGCACACAAUCGUACUGCCUGGAGAUAUUGUGGGCAAGCCAAACUCGGUCGAGAUCACCUGGGAGUAUCAGACCUCGGUCUUCAACCCGCUUACGUGGAGGUUGCUUCAUACGCCACGGGCUUAUAUAGACUCGUUGACCAUCAAAAGUCUGGAGACUGAUCACGAAAUCACCUUGUGUCCGGAUAAUACGAAAACGCUGAUCGCAAACCAGCCAAAGAUCUUGACUGUCGAAAACUGUCGCAACACGGAACACAACGCAAUUUCCACGUAAAGAAUCAACUCACGUGCCUCUUUUCUCAUAAUUAAGAAUUAGAUCUCGCUACUUGAAACCGGUAAAGUUUUCUGACAGGUUUCGACAUUACAAACAAAAAUGAUCUCUAUUCUUAACCGCGAAAAUUAGCGUAGAGUGAAUUUUGCACUGUCCGGGUAAUAAGAAAGUUCAAAUCACCGAAAUUACAACACUAGUUUCGAAUCAAUGUUCGCAACGAAAUCGAUGACAAAGGCUGAUGACCUGCUCGUUAUUGCGAAAUAAUACUCCUUAACUGUCAUUCGUGUGAAGAAAUUUUGAAAGUUCUAAAAUCAAUCAAGCUGUCCACUUUUGUAAAAAUACAAAGAAUAAAAAAAUAUCCUUUCAUCCCUCACUGUUUCAACAUCAGUUGAAAGACUUAUUGUAUAAUGUAGAAUUGCAGAAAUAAUCACCGUAAUUUGGACGACGCCUACACUUUUCAUAGACUUUUCACUUUCAUACGAAUGACAGUUAAUCUCCGGAAACUCUCGCAUUUCCGAUUCAAUCCAAGUUGUUCAUUUUGCGACUGUCAUAGGUGAACAGCCGAUCGUUGAGCGAGGCGAACGAGCGCGAAUCACGCAUAAUAGCGCCGGUUUCCCUCGCAACCAAUGGCAAAGUCACGAUCCUUUCACUGUCAUUAUGUGCCAGGGGUCUCUUUCUCUCUCUCUUUCUCUCUCUUUUUCUUUCUUUCUUUCUUUCACUCUGACAUUCGCUUUCAUGCGACGCUGUCGUCGUUAUCGUCGUCGUCGCACCGGUAAAUUGCCGCUGACCCCAUAAUUUAUGUUCAUAAGUGCAUUAAUUUCAUUUUGUUCAUGAGAGACUAAUCUAAUGACAAUAAUGGCGUAACUAAUGACUUGAUGAUGCGAUGGGCAUUUUAAUGUUCCAACGCAAAGAGAAGAAAGGGAAAGGAAUUAAAUUUUCGAGGUAAGAAAGAAUGCAUCGUAUUCACGAAUUCGAAGAACGCGAUAAUAUUAUAUAAUGAGUAUUUGUUUGUUCCGUUACAACGAGUCGUUAUAACAUUCUAGUGAUUUUGCAAUUUCAUUCGUUGCCGCGCAACGAAUUGAGAAACGUGAAGUGAGCCCGGCACGAUUUCUGUAUGUAUCUUCGAAUCACGAAAAAUCAGACGAAUCAGCUGAUUUAAUCCCUUCGACUUCCCUUAGACUUCAAUUCUCAUUAUCAGAGAAGAAAAAGGGAGAAAAAGAUUUUAUAAUGGAUAGAUUUAGCACAACGAUUUUCCCUAUGAUGUAAGAAGUAGGAUCUGAAGAUUUCUAAGUUAAAUUCAAUGAGCUAAGCUGGAGAGUUUAAUGCAAUAGAUAAGAAUUAUUUAAUUUUUAAUCAACGCAUAUAAUAUAUUUAUAUACAAAUAAUCCAUUACUUGGCAUAUAUGAUAAACUCAUAACAUAAGCAAUUCAAUUAAGAAAGUUAUUCUUAAUCACGAAUGUAUUUCUACAAAUAUAGUUCUUUAAUG